UCAUUGAUCUCAUCACACUUUGAAGGAAGCAUGGCACUCGCAGGGUCUGUCGGUGCGGCGGUGCCGGUGAAGGUUGCGGCUGUCUGCGGUUCACUUCGUAAAGCCUCAUACAACAGAGGCCUCCUUCGAGCUGCGAUCGAGCUAAGCAAGGGAGCCAUUGAACGUCUCCAGAUUGAGCACGUCGAGAUCGCUGCUCUGCCGAUGCUGAAUACCGAUCUUGAAGAAGAAGGGAGGUUUCCGGCGGAAGUUGAAGCAUUUCGCCAGAAGAUUCUAGAAGCCGAUUGUUUUCUUUUCGCUUCUCCUGAGUAUAAUUUCUCAGUGUCUGCACCAAUGAAGAAUGCGCUUGACUGGGCAUCAAGACCUCCCAAUGUGUGGGGAGGCAAAGCUGCGGCCAUUGUUAGUGCAGGAGGGAGCUUAGGUGGUGGAAGAGGCCAAUUUCAUCUUCGUCACAUUGGAGUCUUUCUUGAUCUUCACUUCAUCAACAAGCCUGAGUUCUUCCUCAAUGCAUUUCAGCCUCCUCCUAAGUUCAAUCCUCAUACUGGCGACUUGAUUGAUGAAGAUGCUAAGCUCCGAUUGAAAGAGGUCCUCCUCUCCUUGAAGGCUUUCUCUCUCCAACUUCAACCUAGAACCUGAAUCAUCAUCAUCAUCAUCUCAAUCCACGAUAUAGCGGCUUUGAUUUUCUUUUACUUCUUCUGCAAAUCAGCUUCUGUUAUUCAGACAAAUGUUCUUGAUCAUAGCAUGCAUUGAGCUCAAACUGAGACAUGUAUAAAAUUGGAAGAUGUAUUUGUGCUUUUUUUUAACUAUGUUUUUCUUCAUGUUCCUCGAAGGUUGUUCAAUAAUUUGUUGUGGGUUUACAAUCUGAAUAAGAGGGUUUUGAUUAUCAAU